CGUCUGAAACAUAUGAAACAUAUCGGUAUACCCUACCCUUAACAUAUUCUCUCUCUCUCUCUCUCUCUAUCUCUCUCUCUCCUCAUCUGACGACGCAGUUGCUUCCUCGAACUGCUAGAACCUUCCAACUCUCUCAACCUGACUAGGGUUUCUCUGGGGUUUAUCAACAAUUGAAAUCAUCAUCUCCACCAUUUCUAAAUCAGUUCUCCACAUAAAACCCUAAUCCCCAAAUUGUCUGAUCUUCGAAUAAAGAGUCUCACCCAAAUGGUUCGCUCCAAUGGCGUCAGGCUCCUCCACUGCCUCGCUCGCCGUUCCUCCCGCGAAUCUCGGAACCACCCUGUAUAUGAGACGGUGUUUCGGGGCGGUUCUAGAAGAUUCCAUGCCGGAGGUUGCAACCCGUCUAGAGUUCUGGGAAAGUACGCUUCCGAUAAUGUUUUCCAGAAAAAUUGGUCCUUGUUGGGAGCUUUGAAUGCCAAGCUUGGCACAGCUAGGCCAAUUCACAGUACCGCUCCCUUGGCAAGAGAUUAUUAUGAUGUACUUGGUGUGAGCAGAAACGCUAGUGCAUCUGAAAUAAAGAAAGCUUAUUAUGGGCUUGCAAAGAAACUCCAUCCAGAUACGAAUAAGGAUGAUCCUGAAGCUGAAAAGAAGUUCCAAGAAGUUCAAAAGGCUUAUGAGGUUUUGAAAGAUGAGGACAAGCGUCGACAAUAUGAUGAGGUUGGCCAUGCUGCAUUUGAAGACAACGAAGGCAAUGGCUUCCCCAAUGAUUUUAGGAAUCCAUUUACUGAUAUCUUUAAUGAUAAUAUCUUCAACAUGUUCCGUCAGAAUCUCGGCGGUUCAGAUAUCAAGGUUGCCCUUGAAUUAUCCUUCAUGGAAGCAGUUCAGGGUUGCACCAAAACUGUGUCAUUUCAAGCUGAAGUGCCCUGUGAAUCUUGUGGUGGUAGUGGUGUGCCUCCUGGAACGAGACCAGAAUCGUGUAAGCGCUGUAGAGGGUCGGGCAUGACCUUCAUGCAAACUGGCCCGUUUAGGAUGCAGACGACUUGUUCUCAAUGCGGUGGAACUGGGAAAACUUUUGCGAGACUUUGCAAGUCAUGUGAUGGACAGCGAGUGAAGAGUGGAAGGAAAACUGUCAAAUUGGAUAUCAUCCCAGGGGUAGACAAUAACGAAACUAUAAAGGUGUAUGGUAGUGGUGGGGCAGAUCCUGACGGAAAUCACCCUGGGGAUCUUUACGUUACCAUUAAGGUUAGAGAGGACCCGGUUUUCCGUAGAGAAGGUGCUGACAUCCAUGUGGACGCUCCUCUGAGCAUCUCACAGGCAAUUUUAGGGGGCACCAUUCAAAUCCCAACUCUUACAGGAGAUGUUGUUCUAAAGGUUCGCCCGGGCAGCCAACCUGGCCAGAAGGUAGUUCUUAAGAAGAAAGGAAUUAAAACGAGGAGUUCUUACUCAUUUGGUGAUCAAUACGUGCACUUCAACGUCAGCAUUCCAACGAAUCUGACUCAAAGACAACGUGAACUAAUCGAAGAGUUCGCCAAAGAAGAGCAGGGGGAAUUUGAUAAGCGUGCCGCUGCGGAAGCAUCCGCGUGAUAGGAAAAUAGGAGGCGGAAUUCUUUCUCUAUUAAUUUAUCGAAACGAGGUGAUGCGUAGCGUAGACGGAAAAGAAAAGCGAAGGCUAAAAUAGUUAAUAGUAAAAUCUAAAAUGACCCGCCCGCUCUAGAAAUUUUGUAGGUGUGAGACCUUGGUAUUUUUGUAGGCUUAUGUAUCAUUUUUCUCACAUAGACCACAACAAUAUUUUUGUCAUGCUCUGACGAAUGGCAUUGUACAUAAUACAUAAUGGUUUAUUUUAUUACCAUAUUAUGCUGGCGGGUAAAAUGUUCACCGUUGUCUUUCCUACUCGUG